UGUAGGGAAAUUUGGGUUAUAAAAACGUGAUUGGAGCAAGCAAACAUCGUCCCGUCGUUUCUGCACGGCAGUGAUAGCUCAUUUCCCUUAAUGCUGAAAAAUUCCAGGCCUGAUUAGACAAAAAAAUAGACAAUUUAGAAGAGUGCAAUAAGAAUUUGCAAUCACUUAGCUAAACAGAUGUCAGACCGUUUAGAAGUUUAGGACAAAGUUUUUUGGAGGAUCGGCAAGAAUUAAAGUUUGUUACAUGCUUUAUUCAAGCUUAUGUUACAUUUCGUGAUAUUCGUUUCGUUGUGUCAUUCUUAUCGAGUUUAGCACUUAAGUGUCAUUUUUAAAAAAAAGUUCGUGGCUGGAUGAAGAGUCGAUUUAUUUAGCAACGUUACCACACAUAUUUGGCAAUAUUGUGAGUAUGGCUUUGAAAAAGCAAACCUUUUACAACAUCUGUAAGCUUCUCGUAUGACACUUUUCAAAGUAUCUUUCAUAAGGAAAAUUUCGCCGCUGUGGGCAGUGUCUUGGUUGAGUUUGAAUCAGGGUUGAAACGAUCAAAAAAGUUAUUUACCCGAUAUUGGCAAAUUUCUUGAUUGUUUCGACCCUAAUUCUGACGUUAUAUACUCUGAUAAGUAUCAGACAAAAAGCUUAGGUAUUUGUAAAAUUUUUGCUUUGUUCAAUGUCAUUUCAAGUUUGUACCACAAAAAAAUUGUUAAAUAGGUGAAUAUUGUCAAGCCUCGUUUUUGUAUUAUCUAUAAAGAGGCUGGAGAGGUGCCCACAACAUGUCGUAGGAGAGUGACAAAUCUUGGUUGUUGUAAUCAAUUUUACAUUUCUAUGCAAGAAAUGAGCAGGUGUUUGGGAGCUCAAUUGGACGAAGACAUGUUCAAGAUUUGAAUGAAAGGUUUCUGCACAGUUGCUGUGAAAUCCAGGAUUUCCACUCUAGAAGUUAGGCCUAAGUGAAACAAUCCUCGCCGUCAACAUGGAUUGCAAGAUAGUGAUAAAAAGUGACCUACUUUCCACGGGGCAGAAAGGAUUCCCUCAAUUCUUGGUAAGAAAAGAACAAGCUAAUGAAUGGAAGUUUCCGUUAUGUCACGUUGCUUUCAAAGAAUCGCCACUUGAAGCGUGCAAGCGGUUUUUAGACGAGCUUAAGUGUAGCAGAUUGGUGGAUACCAAGGGUGUUAUUGCAAUAGCAGCAAAAUGGACAUCAGAUGGAAAGUUGAUUACACAGACAGCUAUUGCUGCACAGCUUAACAGUGUGGCAAAAUCUGAACUGAUACGGAGUUCUUUUGAAAGGUCUAAAAGUAGUACAGCUGUAUAUAGCUCAAAGUGGUGCACAUUUAGGGAAUUGAAUGAAUUAGCAAAAAGUGGUAGUUUUGGAAAUGAAGACCUCCAAUAUGCCAAGAAAUUUCUAGAUGGUGAGAUUAGCUGUACUUCAAUUCUUGACCAGGGAUCUGCCCAACAUCCAGAACAAACUCACAGCGAUAAACAGAAAAUUAUUUCUAAUGAAGCACACGGUAUGAGAAGUGAUAUACAAAGGACACAAAAAUCAAUGGACUCCCCAAUGGAUGUAGACUCAAACGAUGCAUCAACUUCAUUUAAGCGAAAGAGACAGCUUUCAGAUUCUGAUAGUGAGUAUCUAGCCAAAGAGCCAAAAGGAAUCACAUCUGAAACAAAAAUUAACACAGUUGUUCAAAGCACAGAUUACAUAGGAAUGGAGGGGAAGCUGAGAAAAUAUCUCACUUAUAAGCUAACAGCUCCGUACAAAGAAUUGCUGGCUGCUUCAAAGUUUGAUUUAGACCAUUUUAUUGCCAUUCAUUAUCUGUUUGAAGAAUUUUCCAACGAAAACAAAAAUGUUGAUUUCACCUCAUUCAAGAAUGUCUUGGUUGAGCUAGACAUAAAAGGAUUUGACUUAUUUGAUCUUUUCAGGGCAUUCGAUAAAUGCUGCAAAGGCUUCCUCCGAUACGAGGACCUGCUUUCUGGGUUCGCUGCAAUGGAGCCGGUUACACCCCAUGGAGGCUGCUCCGGUGAAAUCCGCAGUGUGUACAUACUUAGGUAUUAUGAUACCGUGGGACAUGGGUAUCUUUCAUAUGAUAAUUUUUGCACCAUUGUCGCUGAUAUCAAAAAAGCUAAAGGGAUUGAAGUAAGAGGCGAAGACCUGGACCAGGACGCAUCUGAGCAGUUCAAAUCACUGAAAACUGGAGAUAAUGAUCGUAUAUCGACUUUGGAGUUUCUACAAGCCAUCGGGCAGAUGAAAUUUCGCGGUACAUCAGUACUCUUUCGCAAUCAGCCGUCGAUAAAGCACAAAUUGAAAAAAGUACCCAUAUCAAAACACAGAAAUAGUUUGAUAAACAGCAUCGAAUCUUUUCAAAAAAGACUUUCAUCAUCUUGCUCGGAGGAGUCUAUCGCCAAUGGAGGAUACGAGCUUGCAACACAUUCUGUUAAAGUAAGAAGAAGUGGCACAAUGAUGGAUGUUGUGACACUCGCUGAUCUGUUUGGAAAAUCACACUUACCCGGAAACGGGGCUAGUAUAUUUUCAGAUGAGAUGAAAGCGAAAUUCCUCAGGCUAACGUCCGUGGAUUCAUUUAAUAUGAACACCCCUGCAAAUGAGAUGCUCACUGGCCUCAAAUACUUCGAAAGACCAAUCAAAGUGAACAGCGCAGGCGUGAAUCCAAAGUCCGCAUUUACUUGGGGUGUGGUCGAUAUGGAUGCAUUGGCAAGGUGCAUUCUGGUAAUAUGUCAGCAAGUGUUGGAUAUUGUCAGUAUAGAACCACGCCUGGUCAAAUUAGAAUCACCAACUUAUAUCCUUGGUGAUGUACAUGGUAAUUUCUCUGACCUUGUGUGCUUUGAGAAAGUUUUAUGGCGAAUGGGGCCUAUCCUUACUCCAUGCAGUUUUCUAUUCUUGGGUGAUUACGUUGAUCGUGGCAAGUUCGGAAUUGAGGUCGUGGCUUAUCUUUUUGCACACAAGAUUCUUGCCCCAUCGAAAUUCAUUUUGAUUCGUGGCAAUCACGAAAUUAGAGGGAUUCAGAGGAUGCACACUUUUUAUGGAGAAUGUAUAAGUAAGUUUGGUGCCACGUUUGGGCCUAAAGUUUGGGAAGCUGUGAAUAGCUGCUUUGACUGUCUACCUAUCGCUGCAGUAAUUGAUAAAAAGAUAUUUUGCGUACAUGGGGGAAUACCAUCACUCAAACAUGGUCAAGGGAUGCUGUCAGAAAUCGAAUCAAUUCCAACGCAUUUGAAUGACCCUGAAAAGCAAAGUCCUCUUGCUUGGGAUCUCAUGUGGAGUGACCCUUUGAGGGAUGAAGACAGAGAUGCAGAUAUUGAAAAAGAUUUGCAUGACAACAAUGGAUUCACUGGCAAUUUCAAACGAGGAACCGCCCAUAUGUUCAGUUCUGAGGCAUUAGAAGAUUUCUUGGACAAGAAUGGAUUAUCACAUGUUGUUCGCGCCCAUGAAGUUCAACAAAAAGGAUUCGAGGUGCAGUUGAAUGGGAAAUUACUGACUGUCUUCUCGUCGUCUCAGUAUUGCGGUGGCAAGAACGAGGCUGCUUGCAUACUGGCUCACAAAAACCGACUGCGUACUAUACGUUUAGAUACCGGAUAAUAAUAUCAAAACCGCACUUGCUGUUCUCAAUCAUAUUUUCCUAUAAUAUUUUGUUCAUUUUUCCCCUUGUGCAAAAGGCUUUUUUGUUCAAAAAGAUCGUUCAUCAGACACCCAAAGGUUGGAUGGUAUAGAACAUUGAUAGUUUUUGCCAAAUUUUUGUAAAUUAACCUAUGGUUUGAUUUUGUAAUUAAUGCUUAAAACGGUCGUUAUUUUGGAAAGAUGUUUAAAUAUGUGAAUUUUCGAUUUUGUAAAACAGUUUAUUUUAGGUUUCCCCUUUAGGUUGGCAGUAGGGAUUAAGUUUAGUGAAAAGCUGAUAAAAAAGUAAGAGAUUUGCCGUAGCCAAAGCAUUUCUGCUUAUAACUCCCUCUUUGCCUAGUUUACUGUUAGUUUUUUCCAGUUACUAACGAUCUUCCUUGCCAGGUCACCUUUCAUUAGUUCCAACGCUUUUAAUCUCAAUUUUAUGAAGAAUUUUCAGCCUAUCAAAGAUCGGGACAUCGACGGGGCUUUCAUUCAAUUCUAUAUCGAAAUUGUAUUCCGUUUCAAUUUUUAUAAAACUUCAAUUUUUUAUGUUGAAUUAGGUAUAUGCAUACAACAUGAAUUAGGUUUAUCUUAAGAUAAACUUGCUCUUGGAAUUGCCAUAUGGGCGUUGAGCGCCCGCAAACCCCUAAUUCUUAUAAAUUUUUGUAAGCUGCCUGUUGUUAAUGUUAAAUCGUGUAAAUGCAUAUAUAGUACCUUGAGUUUAAAGAGUGGGUGGUUGGAGGGCCAUGAAAUGGAAUGUAGCGGUUAAGACUUAGAUGAAUAAAACCUGAUUUCCGUUUUACCUGUCAUCAUUUAGUUUCCUGGCCAAUCAUGAGGAACUGGGGGCGCCACACAUCCUGCUUUCCUUGUGCAAACAGCCAGUUACUUGGUAUUUUUCCUCUUUAUAUAACUCCUUAUAGGCAAAUUAGCACUUGAACUUGAUCGCGCCCCAAACCCUAGAAAUUCUCACAAGAAAUAAGAAACAGUGGUAGAGUACCAAAAGCCAAACUGUCCAUAAAAACCUCUCGCGAGCUUUGCUAUAAAGUUAAGGAGCUUUUGCUGUACGAAGUAAUUGAUGCAAUCCAGUGUUACGUAUUUCAUAAAUAAGUUAUAAAAAAAGCAGCUCUCAAACAGCAUUAAUAAAAAUUCAACAUCUAAUGAAGUUCUAUUGCUUAUGUCUUCUGGAAAACUUUUUGGCA